UUGUUCCGUGCUGGGAUUCUUUCUCCGAGCUAUAACUCGCUAGGUUGCUCCCUUGAACAGUUGUUCCAAUGCUCGGAGUGAAUUCCUCAAGGUUCCGUGAACGUCGGCGUGGGACCUGAAAAAAGGACUCCGACGCCCAAGUCAGUAAGUUUCUUAGGAAUACGAAAAAUAAAAACAAGGAGUAUGAGAUUGAUGUGUGUUUCUUUAAUGUUGCUCAGUAUCUGCUUUUAGUCAAAUCUGACUGCACUUGUUAUUUCGGUUCGUUUAUAUAGAUAUUUCCAAAUACUGAACUUUGUAACUUCCUGGUGGAUACUCCGAGAACCUUGGGUUUGUUUUACUGUUUCUGUUGUCGACCGGCUAUAGCGCGGAGUUCUUAUGGGGCGGUCAUAAAAAGCCGUUGUGUUGAUUGUUCGGUCAAUGAUUCUAUAGCCGAGGAUAUUGGUAUAGUACACAGCCCCCAAGCUUAGCAUGUAAAAAACAGGUUGAGCUUUAUUUUGGUGAUAGAAUCAUUGUUUGUAGUUUCAUUGUGUAUAUGGGUCUCCAAGAUCAACUUUUUUUUUUGUUAGAUGUUGCGUGUGGGCCUUGGGGUGCCGCUUUGGGUGGGUAUUGGAGAACGUGCGGUUUAUUAGGAAAGUUUGUCUUGGUAACUUCCACUUGCUGUCUGCUUGUCUUCUGUUCCAGUUAAAACAAUGAGUAAGAAAGGUUAGUUUUUUAACGUUUUCACUUUCAUCUUUUCUUCUUUCGCUGCUUUUCUUGUUGUCGUGUUAUGGGAAAAAAGGAUAAGGUUGUGGUCGAUAGUGAUGAUUUGUAUGGUUGGGCGGAUGCUGACGUUAAAGGUCAUGCUUCGAUCUUUAGCUCUGCUGAAUUAGUUUCUCAGUUGAAUGAGUGUAGAUGGGUGAGAAAUGGGGUGCAGUUGGGAGUUAGGAUCUUGCCUUGUGGUAAGGAUGAUAGGGUUUGCGAACGACGGUCAGACUGGUUGUACUUCUACGUUUAUACUUGCAUGUUGACCGAAUUGGGGGUGAGGUUCCUCUUUUCUGAUUUCGAAUGUGGUGUACUUUCUCAACUUAACUGUGCUCCGACACAGUUGCAUCCAAAUUCCUGGACUUUUGUCUGGGCUUUUGAGUGUUUGAUGGAAUACCUUGGGUGUUAUCCAUCGUUGGCUUUAUUCUUCUCCUUAUUUCAGGCGAAAUGGGUGUGGAGGGGAGGGUGGGUUAAUUUGAGCAGUCACCCUGGCCGAAGCGUUUUUAGCUUGUACAAACAGUCUUUCAAGGAUUUCAAAGAAAUGUUUGUUAAGGUUCAGAUUGAGGAAGAGUUUUACCCUUUCUUCUUGAACUCCUUAAUGGUUGAAAGGUUUCCUGUUUAUUGGUCUCCCGAGCCUAAACAGAUUUUGGACUGUGAUGAUAGGGUAAAGAGUGAAGAAUAUGUGUUGGAUUUUCUAGUUUCUGCUAUGUCUUCUUCUGAAUUGUUGUCGAUAUCGAGUAUUUUAAAGUUGGAGGGAGAUAGGGAGGCUAUGGAAGAGUAUUUGGGUAAUGUGUUGUGUAUCUUUUGUUUUUUGUGGUUUGCUUUUGUGAUAGUUAUUCAUGCUGGCUUUUUUGCAGGUGAAAAAACUUCUACUCUUACGACCGCGAAUUUGAAAGCGUUCAUUUCAAAAGCUAGGAAGAAGGAGAAGGAGGGUUCGUCGACGAAUGUAAGAGAGAAUGAGGUUGUCACUGGACGUGUGACCUCUGAUGUUGGUUUGAAAAGAAAGAGGGGAGAUGGGUCGUCAAAGGUCCUUGAUCUUACUGGUGCUAAGGAGGAUGUUGGGGCCUUUACUGCUGAGGAGAUCUGUUCUGCUUAUGAGAGCCAGGUGAUGCUCUAUGGCUAUAGAGAUGGUCCUGAACAGUCUUUGUGGUCAGCUGGUUAUCCUUUUAUGGCUGUCUCGGAUGAAUUUGCUUAGGUAGAUUCUGACGUGAAGAUUAUCCAUGAGGCUGGCAAAACUGGCGUGGCUCGGUACUUGCAGGUUAUUGGGGCUCGGUUGAUGUCUAUUGGGAGGACUUCCGAGCUGGAUUCUAUUUUGGAGGGGGAUAAUGCUGCUGCCUUAAAAAAGCUGAAGGCUUCGGCUCAGGAGAAAGAUGAGAAGAUUUUGAAACUGAGGAAUGAAUUGAAGGCAGCAAAGGAAAAGAUAAAGGAGGUGGGUUCCGAGCUUACCAAGUUGAAGAAUGAUUCUAAUGUUGAGGUCGGUAGACUGUCUGCUAGGGUUGCUGAGCUAGAGGAUGAAGUCCUUUCUGCGUUUACUUUGGGUUUCGAUCGGGCAGUUAGCCAAAUCGGUGUUGUGGCUCCUGAUGUGGACGUUGCUAUGUUAGAUGUCACGAAGAUUGUUCAGGAUGGUCAAUUGAUAGAAGAUGGGACUUUGGAGGAGAAGCAGGGUGAGAGUGAAUCGGUUGGAAAAGUUGAUUAGUGUUUUGUUUGAUGUUUGUCUAUAUGUAUUUUGGUUGUCUAUGGAUUUGACUUAUUUUGAAAUUGUUUGUUUCGCGAAACUGAAGUUUGAAUUCCGUAUUGGAAUGUUUUGUAGUA